GAGCAGAUUAAUGGUAAGGCACACUUCACAUGGAGGAUUCACAGUCAAUACAAGCAUGCCGGAUUGUGAGAGCCAUGGCUCUGAGACCAGGAGAGAGAAAGUCAAAUGGGGAAAUCAAAUUUUACUAUGUGGACUAUUACCAUGAUUCUGAUCUGGCUUCUGCAAAGGGAAAGGGAAAUCUGUUCUCAGUUUUGUGCUUUAUUUCUCAAUGUUUCCACAGGACUCCCCCACCCCCUACCUGAAUCCCUAAGGAUGAGCGACCAGGCUCUCCCCACACUUGAACACCUUGCAAUCCAGGGACUGGCAAGUAAUGAACGCUUGGCUAUCUCUGUUGUGGAGGACCUGCCCAAAGUGUUCUUUCCCCCACUGUUCAAGGAGGCCUUCAUCAAGAGACGCAAAAAACUUGUUAAGCACAUGGUAACAACCUGGCCCUACCCAUACCUCUAUAUUGGCCCCCUGCUGUACGACUUCGAUGUAGAUACUUUCAAGGCUGUGUUGGAAGGAGUGGAUAGGCUGAAUUGCCAGAAGGUUCGGUCUAGGAGGUGUAAACUCAAAGAGCUCAAUUUGCUGGAUGUCCAACGUGACUUCCUGGAUAUAUGGACUCCAACACGGGAUGUUCUCCGUGUUCCAGAGGCCCAAAUAGAAGAAGAUUCCAAUACAGUGCUGAGGCAACCACUAAGAGUUCAUGCAGACUAUGGCUUCCUGUUGGGCGUUCUCGAUCAGUACCAUGCGCACUUCAUGAAGUGGGUGAGGCAGAGAUUACAUAAAAUGCGCUUCCGUUUUUAUAAGUUGGUACCAAAAAGGAGAUGAAAGUUGAGACAGGAAAAGCUGUUGGAUCCCCUGGGAUAUUAUGGGAGCAAUCUGUACUCUUAACUCUUUAGGUAUCUGUCUAGCCUCAAAAUAAUCAUUAUGUGACAUAGGUUGGCUUAGAACUCAUUAUGUAGACAACCCGGCUUCCACCUAAAUAAAGCAGUGUACAUCC